GGUUUUAAAGGCCACCGGCUGCACGACGUCCUCUCCUCGCCCGGAACAGCUGACCUCACGGCUGACGUUGAUUUCAGUUUCCUGCGGACGAUGAUCGGAGGGGGCGUGGCCUGUUUGGGACCUGUCACUCAAAAGAUGUUCCUGAAAAACAUGGGCAUCGACGCCCGCAUGGAGGUUCUUCUGAGGAACUGCAGUGACGGGCCCACCCGUAUGCAGCUGAUCAGAAGCUACGACAUGCUGAUGAAUCCGGAGAAGAUGGGCGAGCGCUUCCUGUUCUUCAGUCUGCUGCACCACAGCCGGCUCGCCAAACCCAAAAAAUCAGAGGGUAUGAAGCUGGAGGAUAAGAGACCGGCGCCACUUCCUGUGGGCGGAUUCACCGAGAUCAGCUUCUCCUGAGACUUUAGAGACUCUGGAGACGUUUACAAGCUCGGGACGGACAUUACGGGACAUUUCAGAAGAUCGUGUUCAUGGGACGAUACUGUUUGUAAAGCUGACAUAAAAAAGUAUUUAUAAAAUGUA